GGGGCCAAGUGCGGCGCGUUGCCUCGCAACCGUGCCAGAUUCCGUGCUCGGUCGUCUUCUCCACAGCCGGUUAGUAGCGUGGGGGCUGCUGGCCUGGCAUGAAUAAAGGUGGUGGUUCUAGGGCCUUUCUUGUGCGAAGAUGGACACCUUCCUGAAGUCAGUCCCUCUUGAUCUGGCCGGAGUGGUGUGCACCGGAAAGCUUCGCUGGCGGAUGUAACAGUGCUUUUUUUGCCUGGAGUUCGUUGGAUCGGUGGUAUUCGGUCAGAUUGGUUCUGGAGGGAGCAUCGUGAAGCUCUGUUCUUUCUUGCCAUAUGGAAACAUGCUCCAUGGCGAAGUUAUAGGCGGAGAAUACCAUGAGGGCCGGAUUCGAGGACUUGCUAUGGAGGUUCAAGUUUUUCAGCGCUGUUGAGGGGCUUGCUUGGUAUUCUGGGUAUGCAAGAGGGGGCGGCAAUACAGGUGAAGUUCAGAGUCUUACCUUUCAGGAUGAAAGUCCGAGGUCUGGCCUUAACUGGUUGUGCCUGGCAAUGACCUUGUUGGAGGCAUUGUUUUGAAAGCGGGGACUAUCUUCAGGGUGAAAACCUAAGAUCUUCUGAUCGAGCGACGAUAGUGUUUGUGCACUGUUACCUUCUUGGAGGCGUCGCUUUUGGAGAGCCUGGAGUUCAAGUGUUGUCUUGGUGGUGGAUGUACCUUUGUUGUUAGGGCUGGAAUACCGUAGCGGGACUUUUCUUUUAUGUAAUUGUUUUUUCUUGUUUUGGCUGUGUGCAUCCGUAAUGCUAUUAGAGUAUUGCGUUGUUGCAGAGGCUAGGUGUAAUUGGUAUCUUCUUGAUAUUAAUAUAUACUUCUUAUCGAAAAAAUGUAUUGAGUGCCGGGUUUACUGAGUUGGAGGACAUCUACUUCUAAGUUCUGGUUGGUCAUUGCACCUUGGCUGUUAUCAUAUUCCCAGAUUCAAGGGAGCCCCUAAAUUUGAAGGAAGCACAGCCUGUGUGGCUCUCAUUAGAGGAUACGAGAUCAUUGUUGGAAAUGUGGUCACAUAUAGUGACUGUUUCCUUGUCAAACGUCUAGGUCGAUGGCACCUAAUUAUCCACUUUUUCUCAUAAUAAAUGCAUUCAGUGGAUGUGGGUACCUAAAAAUCCUUCUUAUUUCCAUUUAUCCGAAGGCAAUCGAUUUAUCCACCAAUCACAGACCAAACCUUCCGGAGUAACUUCAGAGAAUUGAAAAUGCUGGACGACAAGUAAUCAAGGAUGGGGUGUAUUUUUGGUGUUCAGGGCAAGCAGGAGUACCUAAGGGUGGCUAUCGUGUUAAUGGGAUGUUACCCAUGUCCAGAGCUAUUGGUGAUUUUUACUUCAAGUCGAACGAAACUUUGCUUGCUACGGAACAGGCAGUGACAUGUAAUCCUGACGUUCGCCCUGAGGCCAUAACUCAUGAUACUGAUUUUCUUCUUAUAGCAAGUGACGGCAUCUGGGAUUUUGUGUCAAGUCAGGAAGCUGUUGAUUUUGUACAAGAAAAGUUCGCCGGAGGGACGUCAGAUCUGCGUACCAUUUGUGAGGAGCUUCUUGAUCAUUGCUAUAGCUCGAAGGGCAACUCAACGGUGAUACUGGUUCAGUUCAGGCAUGCCGCCAGGCUUCCUCAUCCAUCCCCCGACCUGCCAGUGGCCCACCCAACCGACGCUGGUGGCAGUAGCAACCCAUCUUCUUCCAGUGCCGGCAUCACUCAAGACACUGGUGCUGACGCCAAGGCCACUACUGACACCAACGCCGAGAACAAGGAAGAUGUAGCCCUCGUGGCUCCAUCAACUUAGCUAGCUGCAUGGAGUUAUGAGUUUUGAUCGAGAAUAGAGAGCUCCUGGGUUGGGAAGGGUGCAGUGCUAUUUGCUUUCCUAUUUUGCGAAGACGAUCUCGAUGUGAUGCCACUGUGUAGGGUGACGAUACCAUGUGUAGGAGUAUAGUCCAGCUUACUCUCUCUUGUUGCUGCUUCCUGGGAACUCUUCAGGAGAUUUUGUCAGAGAGCCACUUGGAGUAGGAUUCAGCCACUUUGUUUUCUCGUUCUGAUCUUGGAUCGUCAAUAUGCUCAAUUACCGAUGUUCACUGCCUUGAGAAUUCCUCUGGUAGCAGUAUUAUGCCUUGUGAAUUCUUUCUCUGAUCUUGGAUCUUGAAGUUGCGUAGUUGAGCAGUA